GGCGGAGACCAUAGAGCGGCGCGGCGGUUGGCAGGGCAGAGCGGCUGUUUGGGGGCGGAGCGAGGCGGCCCCGGGCCCGGCUCCGCUGUCAACAGCAGCCAACAUGGCGGCGCGGAGGCCCCGCACCGCCUCAGAACAUGAAAGUGACGAUGAUUCCUAUGAAGUGUUGGAUUUAACAGAAUAUGCACGUCGUCACCAUUGGUGGAAUCGUGUGUUUGGCCGGAAUUCAGGACCGAUUGUAGAAAAAUAUUCUGUAGCUACCCAGAUUGUGAUGGGCGGCGUGACUGGCUGGUGUGCGGGAUUUUUGUUCCAGAAAGUCGGAAAGCUUGCAGCAACUGCAGUAGGUGGUGGCUUUCUUCUGCUUCAAAUUGCUAGUCAUAGUGGAUAUGUACAAGUUGACUGGAAGAGAGUUGAAAAAGAUGUAAACAAAGCAAAAAAACAGUUAAAAAAGCGUGCAAAUAAGGCAGCACCUGAAAUCAAUACUCUAAUUGAAGAGUCAACAGAAUUUAUCAAACAGAACAUCGUGGUGUCCAGUGGGUUUGUUGGAGGCUUUUUGUUAGGCCUGGCAUCGUAAGGACCUGAAUCGUCUCUUCCUGAUGGCAUUCGUGUCGGCAAGGAACAGUUGUGGUGACACGCUGUCUUAAAGCAGUAUGGGUCACUGGGCCUUCCAGAGCAAGACGAGUGGACUAGCUAGACAACUUGGAAGCUUUUACAUUUCAGGCUUUUGCCUCUUGAAGCUUGGCAGAACUAGGAUUUGCUGAAAAACUGUGCAGUGUGCUCAUUAUAGCAUUUCUGGGCAAAACUGGUUCAUCUUCAUCAUGACUCUUUUUAUCUAUGACCUUUCAAGAUCUAGCAUUUUUUAAAAUGUUAUUCUUGGAAUAUAGAUAUGUAACCAUACUGUAAGAAAGCAAGUUCCAUUUCUAUGUUUUCAGUUAAAUAUCGUUUAUUUUAAAAGUAUUUUUUCUUCAUGCUGUAGUAGACAGUAUCAAUGACUACAUAAUGUAUAUGAUAUUGUAGUUUCAGCCUCAUGGCUGUCCAUGUUCUUUAGAAGUCACUGCAAUAAUCUAUCAAUCUGUAAUACCUUUUUACAGAGUAUUAAAUAACAAAGAAUCAUGAGCUUAUUAAAGGUGAAAAUUAA